AUGCAGGACUGGGCGGGGAGCUGCCAGGUCCGGCUGGUGGACGGGGCUGGGCGAUGUGCAGGGAGAGUGGAGAUCUACUACCGGGGGCAGUGGGGCACGGUCUGCGACGAUGCCUGGGACACGGCCGACGCCAACGUGGUUUGCCGCCAGCUGAGCUGCGGAUGGGCCGUGGAGGCGGCCGGCUCGGCUCGCUUUGGGGAGGGCUCUGGGCACAUCUGGCUGGAUGGCGUGAACUGCUCUGGGGACGAAACUGCUCUCUGGAACUGCUCUGCUGAGGUCUGGGGACAGCACGACUGCGGGCACAAGGAGGAUGCGGGAGUCGUCUGCUCAGAAUUCAUGGCCCUGAGGCUGGAGAACAGCGAUGGCUGCUCCGGGCGCCUGCAAGUUUUCUACAAUGGGAUGUGGGGGAGUGUUGGCUCCAACUCGAUGACUCCUCACACGGCGAAACUGGUGUGCAAGGAGCUGGGCUGUGGGGAUGGAGGGACCCGGGAAAUCAGCAUCUUCUAUGGCAGGGUGAAUGGCACCGCGUGGCUGGAUCACGUGCAGUGUGGGGAGAGCAACAGCUCCUUCUGGCAGUGUCCCUCUGAUCCCUGGGAACUGCAGUCGUAUGAUGAUGUGCGAGACGAGACCAACAUCACCUGCAAUGGGAGAAAGCCGGAAAGGACGCCGGUAGCUGCGUGCCCCAAUUCCACGAGCUGCACAGACAGGGAGAAGAUCCGUGCUGUGGGAGGCAAGGAUGGGUGCUCGGGCAGAGUGGAGGUCUGGCACCGUGGCUCCUGGGGAACUGUGUGCGACGACUCGUGGGACAUGCAGGAUGCCGAGGUGGCAUGCAGGCAGCUGGGCUGUGGCCCUGCGGUGUCUGCCCUGGCCGAGGCUGCGUUUGGGGAGGGGACAGGACCCAUCUGGCUGGAGCAGGUGGAGUGCAGGGGCACGGAGCCAUCUCUGCAGGCUUGCUGGGCCCGGACUGGGGAUGGCGGUGCCUGCCGGCAUAAGGAAGAUGCAGCUGUGAACUGCUUGGCUGCAUCCAGCGUGACAACAUCCCCCCCACAAAGAGGUAACAUCUCCUCCCACUGAAACUGGGUCUCCCCAGGACUCAGGACUGGGGCUUCUUACUGGGAUAUGAAAUGCCCAGGAAGAGGCACCAGGCUGGUGGAUAUGGGGAGGGUCAUAAUGUGCCCAAUAGGGUGGGAGGUGCCCCAUCACUCAUCCCCUGGCCCUCUCCCCCUUACUGCCUCGUGCCCCCAACUCUCAUGUGCCUGGUGCUGCUCCUGCCACAUUUCUGCCCGUGCAGACCCCAUUCUGGACUAUGCGACCAUCGGCAGGAGAGUCUCAGUGCCUGUCAUCAUUUGCAUCAUCCUGGGGCUCCUUAUUUGCCUACUCCUGGCCCUCCUGGCAAGGCAGAUGCAAAGUGCCAGAGCUCGGCACAGAGACUCCAGGAGAUCUGGGGAGCCCUUCUCUGAAGCUGUGUACGAGGAGAUUGAGUACAGCCCAAUGAGGGAGAAGAAAAUGAGAUUCAGUUUCUCAGACAUCCCUGUUCUGCCUGGUGAUUCCCCAGUGGAAGGCUAUGAUGAUGCCAGGGAGGUUUCUGACCCUGGAGAGCAUCCUGUCCCAGGGCAGGGAGACUGGCAAGUGCCUAGGGCACAGGAGGACGGAGAGGGACCCAGGGAUGCUGCCAGAGGAGAGAGUCGGCACUCCUGGAGAAGUGCCGGAGCCCCUGAAGUUGAUGGAGACACCUCACCUCUUUCCCUUGAGAGCACGGGCUAUGAUGAUGCUGAUGAGAUGUCUCUGUCAUAACCCCAUUGGACACAAAGGCUGUGACACCAGAGCGCUAGGAUGCCUGAGUUCUGGGACAAGAGACUCUGUCCCUGCCAUGAAGUUGGGUGUAGACACAAAGGAGAGGUCAGUGCCACUGAGAGAGCCGUGAGUGCCAGGGGCUCUUUUCUCAGGGGCAUCAGAAACAGC